CAUGUGUACUUUAUAUUAACUCAUAGUCUUCACUGUAUAUAACAGCCACUAAUUGCUGCUCACUACUUAUUCCUACCUUACUUUCAUUUCACAUUUACUUCAGCAUCAUCAGCUUCUUCUACACCUUUACCUUCCCCUCCUCAACAAAUGGACAGAAAUGAAGAAAUGUCAUUGGCACAAAUGAGGGAAUCAGUUGAAAAACUUGGAUCUUCCACUGAAGAUUACGGAGAGAAGACGUUGAUGAGGUUCUUGAUCGCGAGAUCAAUGGACCCAGAGAAAGCUGCCAAGAUGUUUUGUCAGUGGAAAAAAUGGAGGGCUGAAAUGGUUCCACUUGGGUACAUCUCUGCUUCUGAAGUUGCAGAUGAAUUAGCAGCUGAAAAAUUUUAUUUGCAAGGAUUGUCCAAGAAUGGACAUCCAGUUUUGAUAGUCAAAGUUAACAAGCAUUUUCGUUCCAACGAUCAAGUUCAAUUCAAGAAAUUCGUGGUUCAUCUACUAGACAAAACAAUUGCAAGUUCGUUCAAAGGUAGAGAAAUAGGAAAUGAGAAACUUAUUGUGAUUGCUGAUCUCCAAAAUGUUACCUAUAACAAUGCUGAUGCUCGCGGAAUAAUCACUGGUUUUCAGUUUUUACAGGCAUACUACCCUGAGCGCUUAGCUACUUGUUACAUUUUACACAUGCCACAGUUCUUUGUCGCUGUAUGGCGAUUUGUUUGUCGCUUCCUUGAUAAAGCAACUCAAGAGAAGAUCAGGAUUGUUACAAAUGAAGAACAAAGGGAACAGUUCAUACGAGAGGUCGGUGAAGAAGUCUUGCCGGAGGAGUAUGGAGGGCGCGCUAAACUUGUACUUCUGCAGGAUGUUGCUGUGUGAAAUACUAACACAAUGUAGAGGAAUAAUCGAAAUGGGAAACAUACUAUUUCUCUACUAUUUACAAUAUUUAUGUUACUAGAAGUUUUUACUUCUAGUCAUAAUAAAAUCCAGAAAUAUUUAUGUGAUGAUCAACUAUAGUGCAA